AUGACAACUUGUUUCUGCCUUCCCAAAACUAAUCCAGAAGAGACUUCCGUAAGCAAAAGAAAUGAUCGAGAGCCUUCUUCUAACACUAAUUCUAAUAAUUCCAAAGGAAAAGGAUCCAAAGCUUUCAACUUUCGAGGGAACGAAAUCUGCGACAACAAAGGUGAAACUGUCGGAGUAUUUAAUUUCGGCAACAAGAAGACCGCGGGCUCCACUGACAAGCAGGAUGGCGGCUCCAAUCUUGUUUUCAACUUUGAAGAUAUUAAAAUUCAGAGGAACCAGGCCAAGAAAAUUGUCGGAUUUUGUGACUUCGGCAACGAGUAUUGA